AUUGAUCAAAAUAUAUAUCUACAUAGUUAAACUAUAUAAUGGGUGAUCUUCAAAUCGUGCCGGUGUACAAUAAGGUGGAAGCACAGUACGUAGAAAUGAUGGUGCCUUUGUAUUCUUACGGUUGCGAGAAGAAAGUGAAGAAGGCUCUUUCUCAUCUCAAAGGAAUAUAUUCAGUGAAAGUAGACUACUACAAUCAGAAGGUGACGGUGUGGGGAAUUUGUAACAAACUUGAUGUGUUAGCAACGGUGAAAAAGAAGCGCAAAGAAGCUCGGUUUUGGAAUGUAGACGACAAUAAUGAUGAUCAAGAGAGCGUUGAUGAUGGCAUCGUCGUGAAAGAAGACCCUACGAAAACUUCAUUGGACUCAAAAAAGUCAUCGGCGUUUUAUACGUAUUCCACGUCGCCUCCUAGAUUCAAUAUAAGACCUCCUUUAUCACUCAUUAGAACAUCAUCCUUCACAUGGAAAGCCGUGAAGAAGGUCUUUUCUAGAUCCCUUUCCUUUUGAAUCACGUCUAUAUGUGAGCUUAAUUAAUAAUGCUCCAAGAAACUCUCAUUGGAUCUCUUACAAUAUAUAAAAGUUUCUAGUUGAUAAGACUUUAUGUUCGCAACGUACGGAUUGAUCAUGGUAGUUCAAUGGUCACCGCUUUGUUUGUCUAUAUGUGUCAAAGAUUUAUU